GGAGCUCCAAUUGACUUCUCACUGGUUGACGUUUACUUCACUGUAACGAUGUCGAUCAUGCCAAACGUUGCUGUGGUCGGUACAUGCGAUACAAAACUGGAAGCGCUGACAUUCAUCAAGGAGACAAUAUGCGCAAGUGGCAAAUGCAAUGCCAUUCUCAUCGACAUCGGCUCCUACGACCCUUCUAACUCUUCUCAAAUUGAUAUCACUCGUCACGAGCUUCUCAAACCAACUCUCCACGAUGUUGAUGACCGUUCCUCUAGAAUUUCAGCGCUGGAGGUGAUGACCACCGCCCUUACAGAGACCCUGUCCCGUUUAUAUGCACAGCGAGCGAUUGAUGGUGUCAUUGGCGCGGGAGGUUCGGGAAAUACCAGCGUGUGCGCAAAGGCAUUUCGUGAUGUAUUUCCUAUUGGAUUCCCCAAGCUUGUAGUGUCUACCAUGGCAUCUGGAAAUACAGCACAUUAUGUGGGAGAGACAGACAUAACAAUGAUGUAUUCAGUUGCAGACGUGGCUGGGAUGAACCCCAUCCUAGAAAGUGUCCUGCGGAAUGCUGCCCAUGCUAUCGCAGGAAUGGCUGUCGACUCGUAUGCGAGAAGGAGCCAUACAUCUUCCUCUGCGCCAGCGAUUGCCAUAACUAUGUUUGGUUUGACGACGCCAUGCGUACAAAUGGCGACGGAAAAGUUGGAAGAUCUGGGUUAUUCCGUGGUCGUGUUCCAUGCGAACGGAGCUGGGGGGAUGUCGAUGGAGCGUCUGAUAUGGGAGAAUAACUUCGUUGGGGUGUUGGAUAUCACGACGACCGAACUGGCAGAUGAGCUUGUCGGAGGUGUUCUCACUGCGGGCCCAAAUCGUCUUACAGCUGCGGCAAAGGCUGGCAUACCGCAGGUGGUAUCGGUGGGUGCUCUUGAUAUGGUCAAUUUUGGGCCUGCAUCGAGUGUGCCGGAAGAGUUCUCUGGGAGGUGUUUUAACCACCACAAUGCGUCUAUCACGCUCAUGCGCACUACACGAGACGAGUGCGCCAAGCUGGGCGAAAUUAUAGCGGACAAGCUGAGUGUUGCUUCUCCUGAGAAGACGCGUGUGGUUCUGCCUCUCCGAGGAUUCUCGGGCAUCGAUGUGGAAGGAGGCCCGUUUCGCGACGAGGAAGCGGAUAUUGCUUUGCUUGAUGCGUUGCGGAGUGGUCGGAUUGGAUGUCCUGUGAUGGAGGUGGACGCCAACAUUAAUGAUCCGUCAUUUGCGCUGGCUGCGGUCACGGCACUUGAGGAGAUGUUGGAGUCGCGAUGAUUGCUGGGGAGAAAAGAGACUAUAUCCCGUAUACCAAUGUAUAAUUAAAUGUAUUCGAUAUCUUUCCAUGCAUCCCCGAGUCUCUACAUGACUCCACGAUGUCUGCU